UCGACUUAGUAGCAAUGACUAGUCAAACCAAUAGUACGCCCAAUCCCGUUCCUGCAUGGAUCGAUGUGUCGUUAUUUGAAAAAAUUAUAAAAGAAAACGUAAAUUUAUAUAAAAAUAUUACAAAAUUUGAAGUGAAGCCGGGAUCGACGGCGGGAGAAAAUUAUGCUACCAUUAUAUUGAAGAUCAAUGUGGAAGUGGAAUUGCAAGAUGGAUCAUCAAAAUCAAUGUCUUUCAUGGUUAAAACUUGCCACGAUUCAGAUAUGAUACGUGAAAUGCUCAAGUCGCACAAUAUGUUUGACGUCGAAAAAGGCAUGUAUGAUGACAUUGUGCCAGCCUUUGAAAAACUUUAUGCCGAUGCUGGAAAGCAGGUCAAUUUUGGUCCCAAAAGCUAUAAACUGGACACCCAAGAGCUUUAUGUGCUACUUGAGAAUCUAUCACCACGAGGUUUCAAAAAUGCCAAUCGACUAGAAGGUCUGGAUAUGGAUCACACAGAAUCUGUCCUAAAGAAAUUGGCACUGUGGCACGCAGCCUCUGCAGUUUAUGCAGAGAAAAUUGGCCAAUAUGAAGAUAAAUACUUGUACAGCAUGUUUCGAGAGGAAACUAAACCCAUGAUGCGAAUGGUGCAGGAAAAAUUCACAAAUACCUUCAUCGAUUGUGCCAAAAGCUAUUCGAACUAUGAGGUGUACCAAACAGACAUGGAAAAGUUUGGCAAAGAGGAUACCGUUGAAGCCAUGUAUCGUAUUACCAAAUUUACUCCCAAGGAAUUCAAUGUGCUGAACCACGGUGAUUGUUGGUGCAACAAUAUUAUGUUUCAAUAUGAUGCCUUUGGCAAAAUCAAAGAAACUUACCUCAUUGACUAUCAAAUGCCCAAAUAUGGCACACCUGCCCAGGAUCUGUACUACUUCAUAUUGUCCUCUACUAAUUUGGAAAUCAAAUUAAAGAAGUUCGAUUACUUCAUUAAAUUCUACCAUAGUCACUUGAGUGAAAAUUUGAAAUUGCUUAAAUACUCCAAGCCUAUACCAAAGCUUAGCGAGCUGCACAUAAUGCUUUUCAAAUAUGGCUUGUGGGGUUUAUCAUCUGCUGGCGGUGUGAUGGGAGUAGUACUCUUGGACCCCACGGAAAAUGCCAAUCUCGACAAUUUCAUGGGUGAUGGUAAUGAGGGAGAUGCAUUCAAGCGACUAAUGUUUAGCAACGAUCGCUAUCGCAAGCAUAUUGAGGCCAUACUACCUUGGCUACAAGACCGUGGAGCCUUCUGCUUUUAGAAUUUGUACCUGUUAUUUUAUUUACGCUUAUAUAUUAAUUAAAUUUUUUAUAAUUACAU